UUAAUAAAUAAAUAAAAAUAUGUUUGAAAUAACGGAUACACAGAAAAUCGGAGUAGGUCUAGCUGGUUUUGGAAUGUUUUUUCUUUUCCUAGGAGUACUAUUGUUGUUUGAUAAGGGUUUAUUAGCCAUAGGAAAUCUUCUAUUUAUUUCGGGACUAGGGUGUGUAAUUGGGCCCAGACGGACGCUAAGUUUUUUUUUCCAGAGGCAUAAACUCAAAGCUAGCUUAGCUUUUCUAGGAGGUAUUAUUGUUGUCCUCAUGGGAUGGCCUCUUGUUGGAAUGAUUUUAGAAACAUAUGGAUUUGUUUUAUUAUUCAGUGGAUUUUUACCAGUGGCAAUAAACUUCCUGCGCCGAGUGCCUAUCUUGGGAACAUUUUUAAACAUGCCAGGAAUCAGUCGAGUAAUGGACAUGCUUGCUGGCGACUCUAAUAGAACAACUGUAUGA